ACAAGAAAUCAUUGCUAUAAAACGACAUAACGCAAACCGAAAUAUUUUACUUUCAAAAAACCCAACCCAAAAAUAUCAAAAUAUAUAAUCGAACAAAAAAAGUUAGACGCGUUUGCGUUUGCCUUUGCCUUUGCCUUUGCAAAAAAAAAGCAGGGCCACCAUUUGAUGCAAAACAAUUCUCCAUUUUUUUCCUUCAUUUUUCCAUGUAUUUGGUUUAAACCCCCUGUGUUACAGGGAAAUAGAGAGAAGCCUCUCAAAAGUAGAUAAAUAUAAAAUAAUUAAAGUAGUUUACUAGAGAUAUUGCCACAUUUGGGGUAGCAAUGGUUCCUGGAGGCAGUGCUUGCAAAGAAGUUGUUGAAUCUCAUUCCCCUGUUUCAGAUUAUGACAUUCCUACAACAAAAUCUGAUAGUAAUACUACAACGAUGAAAAGUGCUGUUAGUUUUGUUGGAAAACAUGGAAUUCAUUCAAACAAUGGUGUUUAUGAGCUCCUUGAGUGUCCUGUAUGCACAAAUUUGAUGUAUCCACCAAUUCAUCAGUGCCCAAAUGGACACACUUUGUGUUCUAACUGCAAGAUUAGAGUGCACAACUGUUGCCCAACAUGUCGCUAUGAGCUUGGAAAUAUAAGGUGUUUAGCUUUGGAGAAAGUUGCAGAAUCCUUGGAACUCCCUUGUAAAUACCAGAAUCUAGGUUGCCAUGAUAUCUUCCCCUAUUACAGCAAGCUCAAGCAUGAGCAACACUGUCGGUUUCGUCCCUACAAUUGCCCUUAUGCUGGGUCUGAGUGCUCAGUCACAGGUGACAUCCCUGCCCUUGUUGCACAUCUCAAGGAUGAUCAUAAGGUUGACAUGCAUGAUGGAUGUACCUUCAACCAUCGAUAUGUCAAAUCAAAUCCACACGAAGUUGAAAAUGCCACUUGGAUGCUUACUGUGUUCAAUUGUUUUGGAAGACAGUUCUGCUUGCAUUUUGAGGCUUUCCAGCUUGGGAUGGCACCUGUCUAUAUGGCCUUUUUACGUUUUAUGGGCGAUGAUAAUGAAGCAAAAAAGUUUAGUUAUAGUUUGGAAGUUGGCGCCAAUGGCCGUAAGCUAAUAUGGCAGGGGAUUCCCAGGAGCAUCCGGGACAGCCAUAGGAAAGUGCGUGACAGUCUGGAUGGACUUGUUAUCCAAAGGAAUCUAGCUCUAUACUUUUCUGGUGGCGAUAGGCAGGAGCUGAAGUUGAGGGUAACUGGCCGCAUAUGGAAAGAAGAAUGAGAUAGGAAACCAUGGAGAUUUGUAAGUGGUUUUGUACAGUUUCAGAAAAUUCCGAGUCUUCUUGGAAAACAGAUGGAGCUUUCGUUUUUCUGAUUGGGGCUUUCUUUUGUAUUUACAUGGUGUAUUUUUACUGGGAUAUGUCCACUACAGUCUAAUCCCCCCGCUGACGGACGCCUUGUGCUGAAUGUUUAGUGUAGGAAAUGAUGAUUUAUAUGAGUCAACUUGAUUGCUCAAAGUUUAAUGCAGCAACAUGUAUGGAAUGUUCCUUUUGAAUCCUUACCCUCUUUGUGGCAUCUUUUGGCUGCGAUUGCCAUUGGCUUCCUGUAUUAAACCAUGUCAUUGUUAUCAAGUUAUAUUUUUACUCA